AUGGCCACAGGAGGAGGUCCUUUUGAAGAAGGUGUGAAUGAGCAGGAUUUACCAAACUGGAGCAAUGAGAGUGUUGAUGACCGACUUAACAAUAUGGAUUGGGGCAGCCAGCAGAAGAAGGCAAAUAGGUCAUCAGAAAAAAAUAAGAGAAAAUUUGGUGUAGAAAGUGAUAAAAGGGUAACUAAUGAUAUUUCUCCGGAGUCAUCGCCGGGAGUUGGAAGACGAAGAACAAAGACUUCACUGACGUUUCCACAUAGUAGAUACGUGACUCAGAUGUCUGUUCCCGAGCAGGCAGAACUAGAAAAACUCAAACAGCGCAUAAACUUCAGUGAUUUAGAUCAGAGAAGCAUUGGAAGUGAUUCUCAAGGUAGAGCAACAGCAGCUAACAACAAACGUCAGCUUAGUGAGAACCGAAAGCCCUUCAACUUUUUGCCUAUGCAGAUUAAUACUAACAAGAGCAAAGAUGCCACUAUAAGUCCUCAAAAGAGAGAAAUGAUUGGAUCAGCACAGUGUAAAGAGUUGUUUGCUUCUGCUUUAAGUAAUGACCUUUUGCAAAACUGUCAAGUCUCUGAAGAAGAUGGAAGAGGAGAGCCUGCAAUGGAGAGCAGCCAGAUUGUAAGCAGGCUUGUUCAGAUUCGUGAGUAUAUUACUAAAGCUAGUUCCAUGAGGGAAGACCUUGUAGAGAAAAAUGAAAGAUCUGCUAAUGUUGAGCGCCUCACUCAUCUAAUAGAUCACCUUAAAGAACAAGAAAAGUCAUAUAUGAAAUUUCUCCAGAAAAUUCUUGCUAGAGAAAAUGAGGAGGAGGAUGUUCGGACUAUAGAUUCAGCUGUGGGAUCUGGUUCUGUAGCUGAGAGCACAUCGCUAAACAUAGAUGUGCGGUCUGAGGCUUCAGAUGCCACGGAGGCAUCUUUUAGUCUGAGAAUUCGGCCGUGCAUUGAGGACAAGCUAGGGAAUUCAGCUUCACAAGAACAGGUUUCAGACACUGACGUUACUACAAGUCCAAAGGGGAAAGGUGGCAGACCUCCUCAGCAUGGCAGGGAGCUGAGGCCUAAUAGGAAAUGUAGCCGGAAACGUGGAUUUCCCUCAAAGGCCAGAGAUCCUCAGCAGGAGCCUAUGGAAGAGAUAGAAAAUUUGAAGAAACAACAUGAUUUAUUAAAAAGGAUGUUACAGCAGCAGGAGCAGCUGAGAGCUCUGCAGGGACGACAAGCUGCUCUCCUUGCCCUGCAGCAUAAAGCUGAGCAAGCUAUAGCUGUGAUGGAUGAUUCCGAAAAGGUUGCGGAGACAACUCCUGGUCAUCGUACUGUACCAGGUAGACAGCUGGCUCGUUCACCUUUGCAUCAGAGAGUACCCAUAAGAGAAACUACAGGUAGCCUAUCUGGAGUCAGUAUCACCUCUGAACUAAACGAAGAAUUGAAUGAUCUAAUUCAGCAUUUUCAUAAUCAGCUUCGUGAUUCUCAGCCUCCAGCUGUUCCAGACAAUAGAAGACAAGCAGAAAGUCUUUCAUUAACUAGGGAGAUUUCUCAGAGCAGAAAUCCAUCAGUUUCAGAGCAUUUACCUGAUGAGAAAGUCCAACUUUUUAGCAAGAUGAGAGUGUUACAAGAAAAGAAACAAAAAAUGGACAAACUUCUUGGAGAACUUCAUACACUUCGAGACCAGCAUUUGAACAAUUCAUCAUUUGUGCCUUCUUCAGCCUCUCCACAAAGGAGUGUGGAUCAGAGAAGUACAACCACAGCUCCCUCUGCUCCUGUAGUCUUAACACCAGUGGUCAAUGGAGAAUCCAAUAACCUCACGCCAUCUGUUCCUUAUCCUGCUGCUUCUCUAGUUUCUCAGAAUCAGAAUGAAAAUGAAGGCCACCUAAAUCCAACUGAAAAACUCCAGAAGUUAAAUGAAGUUCGAAAGAGGUUGAAUGAACUAAGAGAAUUAGUUCAUUAUUAUGAGCAAACAUCAGAUAUGAUGACAGAUGCUGUGAAUGAAAACACAAAAGAAGAAGAAACUGAAGAGUCAGAAUAUGAUUCCGAGCAUGAAAACUCUGAACCUGUUACUAACAUUCGAAAUCCACAAGUAGCUGCCACCUGGAACGAAGUAAAUAGUAAUUCUAAUGCACAGUGUGUUUCUAACAAUAGAGAUGGGCGAGCAGUUAAUUCUAACUGUGAAAUUAACAACAGGUCUGCUGCCAACAUAAGGGCUCUAAACUUGCCUCCUGCUUCAGAUUGUCGAUACAAUAGAGAAGGAGAACAGGAGAUGCCUGUUGCACAAGGUCAGGAUGAGGAGGAGGAGGAGGAGGAGGAGGAGGAAGCAGAAGAUGAGGCCCUCAGCGGAGCUUCAGUGUCUAGUCAUAGCAGCAGCCUGAUCAUUGAGACCCCUGAAGAUGCUGAAUUUGAACAUAAGAUCCAGAAGCUUAUGGCUGCAAAACUGAAACUUAGACACUUACAGAACCUUGUUGCCAUGGUGCAGGAUGAUGAUGCAGCCAAUCAAGGAGUUACUUCUGUGGAGGAUUUCUUCCCAGCAGAAGACACCAAACAAAAUGCAAAUAACACUAGAGGAAAUGCCAAUAAAACACAGAAAGAUGCUGGAGUAAAUGAAAAGGCAAGAGAGAAAUUUUAUGAGGCUAAACUACAGCAGCAACAGAGAGAACUCAAACAAUUGCAGGAAGAAAGAAAGAAACUGAUUGAGAUUCAAGAGAAAAUUCAAGAAUUGCAAAAGGCAUGUCCUAACCUACAGCUGUCAGCUGCUAGUGUGGGUAAUUGUCCCACAAAAACACAUAUGCCAGCUGUUACUUCGUCCCCAACCGUUAAUGAAAAUGAAGCCAGUACAAGCAAAUCUGGUUUUGAGCCUCAUGAUUCUUCAGUGGUAGAUAAUGAGGUAUGGUCAGAUAUGCGAAGACAUGAAAUGUUAAGGGAGGAGCUACGACAGAGAAGAAAGCAGCUGGAAGCUCUGAUGGCUGAACAUCAGAGGAGGCAAGGUCUGGCUGAAACUGCAUCUCCAGUGGCUGUUUCAUUGAGAAGUGAUGGAUCUGAGAACCUGUGUACACCUCAGCAAAGCAGAACAGAAAAAACAAUGGCAACUUGGGGAGGUUCUACCCAGUGUGCCCUAGAUGAAGAAGGAGAUGAAGAUGGUUAUCUUUCUGAAGGAAUUGUUCGGACAGACGAAGAGGAGGAAGAGGAGGAGCAAGAUGCCAGUUCCAAUGAUAACUUUCAUAUGUAUCCUCCAAACAGUGCAAAUCGUAAUUCUUACAAUGUAAAGGAAACUAAAAAUAGGUGGAAGAACAACCGCCCUUUUUCAGCAGAUGGAAAUUAUCGUCCUUUAGCCAAGACAAGACAACAGAAUAUCAGCAUGCAGCGUCAGGAAAACCUUCGCUGGGUGUCCGAACUCUCUUACGUAGAAGAGAAAGAACAAUGGCAAGAACAAAUUAAUCAGCUAAAGAAACAACUUGAUUUCAGUGUCAAUAUUUGUCAGACUUUAAUGCAAGACCAGCAGACUCUAUCUUGUCUGCUACAAACUCUUCUCACGAGUCCUUAUAGUGUUAUGCCCAGCAGUGUUGCAUCCCCUCAAGUGCACCUUAUAAUGCACCAGUUGAACCAGUGCUAUACCCAGCUAACGUGGCAACAGAAUAAUGUACAGAGGUUGAAACAAAUGCUCAGUGAACUCAUGCGCCAACAAAAUCAGCAUCCAGAAAAACCUGCAAGCAAGGAAGGAGGCAGUGGUGCGUCACACCCUCCUUCUCCCAGUUUAUUUUGUCCUUUCAACUUUCCAACUCAGCCUGUAAAUCUGUUUAACCUACCGGGGUUUACUAAUUUUUCAUCAUUUGCACCAAGUAUGAAUUUCAGCCCUUUAUUUCCUUCUAAUUUUGGAGAUUUUUCUCAAAACAUUUCUACACCCACUGAACAGCAGCAACCGUUAGCCCAGAAUCCUUCGGGGAAAACAGAAUACAUGGCUUUUCCAAAACCUUUUGAAAGUAGUUCUUCUAUUGGAGCAGAAAAACAAAGGAAUCAAAAACAGCCUGAAGAGGAUGUGGAGAACAGUAGGACACCAUGGUUUUAUGACCAAGAAGGUGAAGUAGAAAAGCCAUUUCUCAAGACUGGAUUUGCAGUGUCUGUAGAGAAAACAACAAAUAGUAAUCGCAAAAAUCAACUAGAUACCAGUAGGAGAAGACGCCAGUUUGAUGAAGUGUCCUUAGAAAGCUUUAACAGUAUACUUGACCCAGUAGAUCCAACAACAGUAACUAAAACAUUCAAGUCAAGAAAAGCAUCUGCACAGGCCAGCUUGGCAUCUAAAGAUAAAACUCCCAAAUCAAAGAGUAAGAAGAGGCAUUCUACUCAACUGAAAAGCAGAGUGAAAAAUAUUGGGUAUGAAAGUGCCAGUAUGUCUAGCACAUGUGAACCUUGCAAAAGUAGAAACAGACAUGCAGCCCAGACUGAAGAGCCUGUUCAAGCAAAAGUUCUCAGCAGCAAGAAUCAUGAGCAGCUGGAAAAAGUGAUAAGAUGUAAUAGGUCUACAGAAAUAUCUUCAGCACAUGCUAGGAGAAUACUACAGCAGUCUAACAGAAAUGCAUGCAAUGAAGCGCCAGAAACCGGGAGUGACUUUUCCAUGUUCGAAGCUUUGCGGGAUACCAUUUAUUCUGAAGUAGCUACGUUGAUUUCUCAAAAUGAGUCUCGUCCACAUUUUCUUAUUGAACUCUUCCAUGAGCUUCAGCUACUUAAUACAGACUAUUUGAGACAGAGGGCUUUAUAUGCAUUGCAGGACAUAGUAUCCAGGCAUAUUUCUGAGAACCAUGAAAAGGAAGGAGAAAAUAUAAAGUCAGUGAAUUCUGGUACUUGGAUAGCAUCCAACUCAGAACUUACUCCCAGUGAAAGCCUUGCUACUACUGAUGAUGAAACUUUUGAGAAGAACUUUGAGAGAGAAACACAUAAAAUAAGUGAGCAAAAUGAUGCUGAUAAUGCUAGUGUAUCUUCAACUUGUGAGCCUUUUGCAACAGAUGUUCUGGGUGACACUGUGAUUCACUUAGAUCAGGCAUUAGCCAGGAUGAGAGACUAUACGCAUAUGAAGAUGGAGGCUGAAAGCAGUACAGAUGUCAGGUGUACCUGCAGGAUCAUUGAGGAUGACGAUGGUGCUGCUGACACAACCACGAUUAGUAAUAAUUUGGAAGAAACUCCUGUUAUUGAAAAUCAUAGUUCACAGCAACCUGUGAGUGAAGUUUCUACCGUCCCGUGUCCUAGAAUUGAUACUCAGCAACUGGACCGGCAAAUUAAAGCAAUUAUGAAAGAAGUCAUUCCUUUUUUGAAGGAGCACAUGGAUGAAGUAUGUUCUUCUCAACUUCUAACCUCAGUAAGACGCAUGGUUUUGGUCCUUACUCAGCAAAACAAUGAGAGCAAAGAGUUUGUAAAGUUCUUUCAUAAGCAACUUGGAAGUAUACUACAGGAUUCACUGGCAAAAUUUGCUGGCAGAAAACUGAAGGAUUGUGGAGAAGAUCUUCUUGUAGAGAUAUCUGAAGUGUUAUUUAAUGAAUUGGCUUUCUUUAAGCUCAUGCAAGAUUUGGAUAAUAAUAGUGUAACUGUUAAACAGAGAUGCAAAAGGAAAAUAGAAGCUGCUGGAGUGAUACAGUCUUAUGCAAAAGAGGCCAAAAGGAUUCUUGAAGGAGAUCACAGUUCACCUGCUGGAGAAAUUGAUGAUGAAGACAAAGACAAGGAUGAGACGGAAACAGUUAAGCAGACUCAAACGUCUGAGGUUUAUGAUGGUGACGGCCCCAAAAAUGUGAGAUCUGAUGUUUCUGAUCAAGAGGAAGAUGAAGAAAGUGAAGAAUGUCCAGUGUCUAUUAAUUUGUCCAAAGCUGAAACUCAGGCUUUGACUAAUUAUGGAAGUGGAGAAGAUGAGAAUGAAGAUGAAGAAAUAGAAGAAUUUGAAGAGGGACCUGUAGAUGUGCAGACGUCACUUCAGGCUAACACUGAAGCUACAGAAGAAAAUGAACACGAUGGUCAGGUUCCACAGCGUGAUUUUGAAAAAUCAUCAGAAAGCAAAAAUGUCCCAUCAGAACAAGAACCCACUACUAGUAAAGGUGACCAGGAUAGCACUCCUGUGAAGCCCUGUUACCUCAAUAUCGUGGAAAAUGAGCAACCUUUAAAUAGCACUGUCCAGAAGGAUACUCUCACUACCAUCGACUCGUCCAGUCAGCCUAACCCUUUGCCUUUACCUUUAACUGAAAUUGAAACCUUGGUGCCUAGAGUCAAAGAAGUGAAAUCUGCUCAGGAGACUCCUGAAAGUUCUUUGGCUGGAAGUCCUGAUACUGAAUCUCCAGUGUUAGUGAAUGACUAUGAAGCAGAAUCUGGUAACAUAAGUCAAAAAUCUGAUGAAGAAGACUUUGUGAAAGUUGAAGAUUUACCACUUAAACUGACAAUAUAUUCAGAGGCAGAUCUAAGGAAGAAAAUGGCAGAAGAAGAACAGAAAAACCACUUAUCUGGUGAAAUAUGUGCAAUGCAGACUGAAGAAUUAGCUGGGAAUUCUCAGACACUAAAAGAACCUGAGCAAGUAUAUGCUCAGUCUGCCAUCUUAAGAUGGAAACCCUUACCUAUGCCUUUUAAACUGUUGGUGGUGUCAUCAGGGAAUUACUGUAGCAAAAAACAGUGGGAGCCCAAAGUACAUGAGAUGUCUCCAGAGGCUCAUCUAACUCUUUCUUGACAUAAUUAAUACGUAUAUGAAAAUGGCACUAAAUAAACAUCUGUUUUAAUCUGUAUAAAAUGUAAAUCAGUUUGACACUGCAAUUUUGGUAGGUGUGCUAAUUUCUGCCCAUGGCAGUUUAAAACAUCAAAAACUGAAUUCUGGACAGAUUCAAGCCUUGAUACACUGUGGGGUUUUUUUCUUAUUCUUUCUUUCAUUUUUUUUGGUCCUGAUUUUUUCCCCAUUGUGAUGUUUAGUAACAUAGAAUUUAAAAUGUAGUUUUAAAUAAAGUUUGGACUUAUCUGUAAACUUA